GGCGCUGGGCGGCAAGGGGGAGGGCGGCAAGGGGGGCCGCCGAGGCGGAGGCGGCGCCGCGGCGGCCCCCGGCCUCAGCCCGCGGGCGCCUGUGGGGGCGGGAGGCGGCCGCGCGCUCCGCCGGCUCCCCGCACGCGGCCCCUGCGGGGAGGGUUGGGCGGGGGGAGCCCCGGCACCGCCGCGGCGGCGACAGCGGCGGCCCCGGCCUGGGGCGAGAGCGGCGGCGGCCUGCGGAGCCCGGCUGCGCCGUGCGCUGCGCUUGAGAGUGGACUUAACCCGCCGUCUGCUGUUCCUGAAAAUUAGCACUAUGACUGAUGGAGACUAUGAUUAUCUGAUCAAACUCCUGGCCCUUGGAGACUCUGGGGUUGGAAAAACAACGUUCCUGUACAGAUACACUGAUAACAAAUUUAAUCCAAAAUUCAUCACGACAGUAGGGAUAGAUUUUCGGGAAAAACGAGUGGUAUACAACAGCAGAGGACCCAAUGGAUCUCCAGGGGAAGGCUUCAAGGUCCAUCUCCAGCUUUGGGACACAGCCGGGCAGGAAAGAUUUCGAAGUCUUACCACAGCAUUUUUCAGAGAUGCCAUGGGCUUUUUACUAAUGUUUGAUCUCACCAGUCAACAGAGCUUCUUAAAUGUCAGAAAUUGGAUGAGUCAGCUGCAAGCCAAUGCAUAUUGUGAGAAUCCAGAUAUAGUGUUGAUUGGUAAUAAAGCUGAUUUGUCAGACCAAAGGGAGGUAAAUGAAAGGCAAGCAAAAGACCUGGCGGACAAAUAUGGCAUACCGUACUUUGAAACGAGUGCCGCUACUGGACAAAACGUGGAGAAGGCUGUGGACACUCUCCUGGACUUGAUAAUGAAACGCAUGGAGCAGUGCGUGGACAAGACGCAAGUCUCCAACACCGCCAAUGGGGGAAGCUCGGGAAAGCUAGAUUCGGCAAAACCGGAGGAGAAAAAGUGUGCCUGCUGAAGUUCACCUCUAAACUGUGAGAACCAGUCAAAAUAUUUCAUCAGAAAACGGUUGACCUACCACCAAAUCCAAACCUGCUCUGUUGAGCCAUGCACAGAAGCAAAGUUGCAUUGUUUUAUUGGGAGCGUGCAUUUUUUUCUCCAAAGAACUGAUUUAAAAACUAAAACCUGUGUCUCAAUGAGGCUCUUGUGCUGAAAUAAUUCUUCCUGAUAGGUGCCAUUUUCAUGGAAACUCUCCCCUCUUUUCUUCCCCUUCCCACUCCCUUCCCGUCCAGCCCUUAUCUUUAUUUUACAUGUGAUCAGGAUAGCGAAUAGAGGAAAGUAGCUUUAUUUUUUUAAAAAAGGAGGGAAGGAACCUAUUGUCUAUAUAAACUGGAUAUAGAAAUUAAAAUGGAAGUGGGUGGUUUUCUAGCUCUGUGCCAUUUUUCCGCAGAAUCCUGUUUCUUUAUAAAUCUUGACCGACAUCAGGGACCAUGCAUUUUCUAAGGCGUACAAAAGCUUCUACGUGGCCUAUUAAGAAAAACUUUAUUACUUGCACAGAGUAAGCAAUGCUGUGAAUCUGUCCGGACUGAAUCACUGAGAAGUUGGUUAGUUGGGGGUGUGGGGGGUGUGUGUGUGUCUCUUUUGGGUUGGGGGGGAGGGAGGAAGAAGGGAAUUUAAUUUUUAACAAAUUAAUCAGGGAAUUGUGCAACAUGGCUUUUGUUGCCAAUAAUCCAAGCAGGGAUUGGAGAGUUACGGGAAAAAGUAUUGAGAGGAAUUCUCACGCUGCAGGGACAGCUUAAAAAAGAAAAGAGCAUAAUCUAUGGAAAAAGAGAAAAGAUAUAUUUUGUGAAGCAUCUUCUGAAUCUCACUUUAAGCAAAAAAUAAUUUUUCCUCCCCUUCCGCACAUAAGGAAGCCAUCCUUUUUCUUUCUUUCCUCAGAUAACUGCAUAUCCCAGGUGGGACAAGGGAAAGAACUUGUGAAUGUUUGCACUGUCUGAAAGAGGACCGUAAAUUCAGUUGGGCUGGGGGAAUCGCUAGCAAGUUAUUCACUGUGGUUUUGCUGGGGCCUCAGUACAUUCAGGUUUUCAACAAAGAGAAAAUUCCUCAUAUUCUCUGCAAGAGGCAACGUGGAAAAACGGUGAAGCGGGGACUUGGCAUGACAGGGCUCCAAAAUACGCCUGCCUCGAGAUGGAAAUGUAUUGCAGAAGUUUGCAGGUAUUUCAGAUGGAUGGAUAAAAAAUAGCCUAUUGGUUUUCUGCAGUAGGAGGGUAAAAUGUGAAGGAUGUCUUUUACAGAUGAGAGUAAAAAACAUAAUGAAACAGCAAAUAGCUCAUUACAAGCAAAGACAAGUAGAGGAAAAAUUAAAAAUACUAUACUUUUAAGUAUGGAUCAUUUUUGAAAUCAAAUUAUAGCAUUUUGAUUAGUCUACCCUGUCCUGUCUCGUAGAAUAGCAGUUCUGCUUUUAUGGAGCUGGUAGUUAAGGGUCUAUUGGUGUUGAUUGUGCUUUAAGCUACUGUCACUUGGAAGGGGGCAGGUUGGGAGAAAGAACAACUCAAGUCAAGUUAAAUUGGUUGAGUUGGCAGGGUUGUAGGCUUUCGUUUAUUUAAAUGUAAAAUCCCACAAUGUUUUCAGCUUUGAUUCAGAAUUGCAAAAACUUUGAACAGCAAGCUCAUAAAAUGGUUAGAUGUUUCCCAGAAAUUGAGAAUUUACCAGCUACUUUGGUGAAAGAACAACAGAUUUUUCUGCCCAGAUCAUAAAAUGAUGUUUACUUGAUGAUUUGGCAUGUUAACGGCACAGAUGGUGCAUCCAUAGGAGCAGGCUCACUGGGUGAGUAACCAGGUAGCCACAGUUACUGGACCAGUACAGAAAUCCAGUUUGCAGACUGUAACGGUGAUAUAACCGAUAAGCUAUACCUAAAGGCUGCAUACGGGGAAUACUGUACAACCAGCUCUAAUACAUGUCCUUUUAUAGGCUGUAAAGAGCCCUAGCACCUCAAGAGAUGCAAAAGCUACUGUAGCAGCCCAGAGAUGUUUCCCAGGCAGAAGGUACAGGUAGGCUGAUAUUCAAGUGGAGUGAUACUCAGAUAGGUCCCUUCGGUUAGGGACUGGAAGUUUGGGGACUUUUCUGAAGUGAAGUUGUAUCCUUUUUUUUUUUUUUUUUAAUGUGUAGCAUCUAACUUGUGCAUAAUUUAAAAAAAAUACUUACUUUGUAAUCUCUUUUGAAUUCAUGAAAAUGAUGAACCGAGAAGUUUCCUGUCUCAUUUUCAAAGAAAUCUCUCAUUUCAUGGCGGCAGGUUUUUGUCCAUUGAACAGGAGUGAAAGAGGUUGCUAAGAACACUAAAGUUUUGCCAGUCAACAAAAAACGUAUUUCCCAAAGCAGCUUAAGCAGAGCUUGUACAGAAGCUAUUACAAAGCUUAAAGUGAUCUUAGUAGCUUCAGCAGUAGCCAGAUGAUUCAUAUAAAGGUGUGGAAAAUCCUAAACCUGGCACUGUUUCAAAGCACCUUGCUGAAGCUCAGUUGCUUCCACUUAUCGCCUUACUGAUGAAAAUAGCAUUCUUAAAAUACUAGUAGCAAAAAGAAGAAAAAAAUUACCGAACAGUUUGCAACAGAGGAAAGAUUCUCCUAAUCUUGCUACUGAACUUCAGUGACUUUAAGUUGUCAAAACAGGCAGCGAGGUCCCAGACGGCUCUGCUCCCUGAGGGCUGGUUUUGGAGAGGUCCCGGUGUUGGAGGUGGAGGUAGCUCGUGGCUGUCGCGGGAGCAGUAUCGCUUGAGGGAUCCGGUUAGGAGCUACGGGGAAAUGGCUGCGGCAAAAACUUCAUUGCUUGCUUUGUAUUUAUAUGCGUGCUAAUGCAAGCAAUGCUGAUUAGUAUUCUGUGUUUGACAAAAAGAAAUUCAUGAAAGCUCGUGAAACUUUGCUCUCAAAUGGAUUUUGCCAUCAGAACUUAGUUUGGAGGAAAGCAGGAGGAAUGUUUCUAAUCCUGGUAGGUGCUAGAAGUUUUUUCCAAGUAGCUUUGAGGUAUUAGGAAAAGGGGAACAUAUUAAGUGAUUCUAAAUGGCUCCUAACUGCUUCGCUCUUUAUUAGAUUAACCCUCCCUGCAAAAAACUAGGUGACAAACUCUAAGUGAAAAUCCCUUCCUGUCCCCCUCCACCAUCACCUGCACUUCUGCACCAGUUAUUCUCCGUAGCUGUUCCUGGGAAUGAGAGUCAGCUGGUGUACGUAGAUCCGCGCAGAGACGUCCGUCUGUCUUCCUGCAGCGUUACGGCCCUUAGCGACGGACUGCCGACCACCCGCAGCCCUCGUUCGUCCAGAUGGGUGAUAGGGCCAGCGUAUAAGAUCCUGGAAAUAACGGUAACUGCAGCAAGCAGAGGACACUCUACCUGGGCUGCUCACAGAUUAGGUCUUACUCAGUCAAGCUUUAUGGAAAGGAACUUUUCUACAUUACAUGUUGCAACACUCUUGAAAAUGAAUUCGCUUUCGUUUAACAUCUUGAGUAGGGUAUGGCUUGAUCCCAUCCCAUUCGGUAGAACUUUAAUUCUGCUGUUGCAACAUUUGGUUAUACAGUGUUGAAUCAGAAGUUAAGCAUUUGCUUUUGGGCAAAAGUUCAGCUGAUAUCCCGCCACGUUGCUGGAGAGGGAGGGAAGCUGCUGUGGUCUUUUGGGCUGAUGCUAAGGAUGAAACCUCAGUGCACGUGUUCUGCCCCUGUUAGCCCCGUCUUGAAUUUCGCUCCAGGCAGUGGUUUCUCAAGGUGUCUUUUUGUGUCCCUCUGGAAAUACGUUACCUUAUCUCCGUUUCUCUGGUACAAGUGCUGUUGCUGUAGGCUUUGUUGGGCAGUGUGCGCGGUAUUUCUGAGCCGAGCGGUGCUGCGCGCUGACCGAGGUACAGCCAGGCCUUUGGAGAUGCGACUCGCGGGACCUGGUCCUGAGUGAAAGCUUUGGUUGCCUUUUCUCUCGGCAUAGUUGUGCUUUCUCUGCCUCUGGCAGCAGUCUCUGGCCGUGAUGUUUACAAAGAUAACUCAAGUCGUCAGGCUUUGAACCUGCUCCCUUGUUCCUUGUCGUGUGCCCGGGUGACUCUCCUACGUACUGCGGCGGGGUUACGGCUCCCGUCUGCUCCGUGGAGCUCCCAGUAGGAACCCGUCCCUCUUUCUGUUUUAAGCAUGAAUGUAAAAAUGUGGCAUCACUUAAGCCAUCACAGCACUGUAUCAAAAGGAGUGUUAAUAGACUGUCCUAGACUACUGCUGCGGUUUUGAUCUCGAUGUCCCCCCCGCGCCGCGGUGACCCUCUGGUCUUGGUGCCGUGCCGUCGCCUGCUGCCGGUGGCAUCUCCUGCACGCUGCUGAGUGUGCGCGUUGCCAAAGCCCGUUGCCCUAAGCUGCUGCAACGGCAGUAUGUUCAGUGUGCGAAUCGCCACAUUCGGUGAAUUCGGUACACGCAGGUAAUACUUUAAGAGUGAGAAAACUUCCAGCUAAGAGAAAAUGUCUUUAAGCUGAUGUUGGUGUGAUCUGUGCAUCCUGUGCUGGUCUAAAAUCGCUCCCCUCCCCUUCCCCAGGCUAACCCGGCCUCCUCUGCUGCUCCUCAUCCUCCGGGCAAUAAAACCAGCUGGUGUCGGGGGCCAGGGGCAAGGGGGGGCAGUGCCCAGGGCUGGCUGGGACGUUCCCGGGAAGAAGCGCUGCGACAGGGAGCGUAUCCCGGCUGAGGGAAAUGCCCUUGGGUGUUCACCAGCAUCCCCGUUUGCCAGCGCUUGGCUGAGCUGGGUCUGGAGCAUCUUUGUGCAGAGAGAAGGUAUUGCCAGGGCGGGCUAAACUGAACUAAAGAACCGCAUAAAAGUACCUAUUCCAUGAACAUACAGAUGUGAAUAUGUUUUUUGAAUAUUGUCCAACCAUUAAGAAAAUUAUUCCAUCAAUGGUAAAAUACUAGGGGAGUAGUCUUUAGUGCAAAGUUAGCUGGGGGCUUAAGCGCGUGCUUGCCGGCAGCCCUGCAAGGCCGUUGUUCGCAUGUGGCCGUGCCGCCCGUUCGGAGUGGCUGCAGGGUCGGGAACUGCCCGGGAAACGGCCAAAAAAGCCUCCUCCUGGGCUGCUGCCGCUGGGCUCGAGCCGUGGUCCCCAUCAGAGCCAGCGGGUGCAAAAGGCUGUGCAGGGCUGGAGUAACGCUCCUCCGUGACCUUUGCUGUCAGUGCAUUUUUAUAGACGGUCUCAAGACAGGAGGCAUUUGCUUCUCUUAAAAAAAAACAAAAAAAAGAGGGGGUGUUUGCAUGCCCGAAGCGUGCUCUGUAGGAAAGAAGAGGCCCAAGGGCAGCAGGGCCUGUCUGCUGGCCGCUCUGCCGCCGGCGACGCUGCCGUGGGGGUGAUGGAGCAGAAGCAGCAUUCGAGAGCAGCCACCAUUUGCUGCCGUGGUAACUUUAUAAAAACCGAUUGCCUUAAGCUGUUUUCUGAAGGCUAAAUCUUACCUAACGCUUCGAAUGUGUAAAGGGUUGUCAUGCAUAUAUAGAGAUUGUAGAUGAUUGGACCAUGUAAGAAACUUUAAUAAAAGCUGUAUUAUAUAUGAUUUCGAUAACUACUGAAUAGCAACUAUUUGGGACUCUGUUUUAAGGUAAGAGGUUUUAUCUGCUGGAACUACUUCAGUUCGUGGAUGUGACUAAUAUUCAGCCUCUUGAGGUAUAAACUAUCUGUCUAGAGCUGAACUUUUAAAAUCUGUAUGCACGUAUACAACUGAAGAGUAGUAGCAAGCAUAAAAAUAAACUGAAGUGGCUGCUAUUUUUGUGCAGGUGUGAACACAGCAGGAGUUUCAGACCAUGCUCUGAUUUUAAAAAGGAGAGUGGUGUAACCGAUGCCGCUCUGAAAAACGUUAAAAUGAACAGAGUUUUACUUGACUGCUGAGACUUGGCUUGAGGCAUCUUCAAGUAGGAAGCCAAAUUUUCAGAGUUUCUUUCCUCUCUCUUGUAAUUCUUCUGCUGUAAAAGACUGGUCCCCGCUCUGCACAGCACGCACACCGUGCACACACACGCACACCCGUACCGGAUAGGGCUUUUUUGCUGUUUUUUUUCCCAUAGGAUGUUGUUGACUGGGAACCAUUCUCCUGGGUGCUGGGCAGAUCUGUUUCUAUUUUAUCAUCAUUAUUAUUGUUUUUGUUUUAACUAUUUCAGGCCAAGGGAGGUAGUGAUUCUUUGCUAUGUGCUUUUAUUCCAUGCAGUUACCUACUUAAACCAUAACUUUAGCGAGCAUAACCUAAAGUUGUCAACCCUCCUUGUGCAAUAGGGCUUAUGGACACACCGUAUACUGAAAGAAGCCUAUUGUAUCUAACAGCUUAUUAAUGGAAGUUAAGUCGUUCUUUGGUUUUGUUAAGGUAUCUUUCAGAUAAACACUAAACAUUAUACUGUAUCAAUUACCUUUUAAAUGUUUCCUUCUGUUAUGCUGCUGUAGGCAUGUUUUAUGUUUGUCUCCAACAGAUCUGUGUUAUGCCUAGUGCUAUGAAUGUGACUGAAACUAUCUUGAACGCAAAUACUAUUUUUUAUUAUAUAUGCCCCUCGAUGGACCGUGGUGCUUGCUUACCGGUGUUAACGUCAUUUCGUUGUGCCAAAGCACCUGUGGCUUCAAACCAUAGUGUCAAAUGAUUCACUGGUGUCUGGGUUUGCGUAACGCAGUUGAGGAAUGUAAUCCUGUGAUUCAGUUUCUGCACUGUUAUUUUCAAAAUAAAAAUACAUUUUUAA